AUGACGCCUAUUUUAUUCCGCCAAUGGACAGUAGCUGCACAUGAUUAUUCAGAGGAUUUGCAUUCAGAAUUAAAGAAGAGGGGUUUUGUUCUUAACGAAUCAAUUCCAUUAUCAAAAAAAUCUCAACGGGACCUUAAAUAUAUAUCAACGAGAAAUGCAAAUAUUUGCAUUAAAAAAAACACUGAACGAAAUAUCAGAACAAUUAUUGAACCUUUUAUCUUAAACAUUAUCAAAAGAAGUAAUAUGUUACACUUGAGUGGAGGAAAUGGUUUAAUAUUCAAAGUAGUAAAUUGCCCGGAUGUUGAUUUAAACUUUACACAUACUUGUUUAAAGGAUCGAUUAACGCUGGAUACUCAGGUUGCCGAAAGUUUACGGUCCUGUAGAUCAAAGAUGGAAUCUAACAUUAAAAUAAAUAAAAUCAAUCCCCUUAAAGCCAAUGCUACUGCGAAGAGAUUUCUUAUCGAUACAUGCUCAUUACCUUACCUAAAUAAGCACCAUGGUUACCUUAUUAAAUUUCAACUAAUGCCUAGUGAAAUUGAGAAUAAAUUUGAAACAUUUUUAAAUGAAAGUUUACCAAAAACCUUGAAGUUUAAUUUACAUAUUGAAUCACAAAAUAGGAGCUAUUUUAAAAGUUUUAGAAAUCUUCAAAAUUUUUCCAUUGAUCGUGUAAAUCUGUCUAGCAACUUAUUUAAAACAAAACCCUGUAUUAAGUUUGAGUCUUGGGAUGUUUCUUGCCCUCAAAUUAACCUAGAGAAUUACUUUUGGAAUCAAUAUUCGAAACUAUUUGAUAUAAAAUUCAAUGAACUAGAAUUGUAUAAAAAACCUUACGAACGAAUUCGUUCUUCUCAUAGGUUCAAGAAAUUUGAAAAAAAAACUUUAAAAUUCAAACAAAAAUAUUGGAAACUCCAUAAAUGCACCUUAAAAGAGUUAAAUUGGAAACCAUUUGAGAGAAUCGAAUCUCUCUUUAUCGAUUAUCUUGAAACUAAUGAUACGAUUGAUUUCUCAAUAGCAACUAUUAAUUUCCAUGCACCAACUAUUGUAUUCGCAAAACAACAUUUCUCACAGUUGGAAUUAAUCGACUUGGAUACUAAAACAUUUAAAAAAUUUAAUACAGGUGUAAAUUUUUCAACUAAUAAGGAUCAUACAAAUACUGCCAACGAGAAUAUAGAAACAUGCAAACUAAUGCCAUUACAAGGAACAUUGAAAGCUGAUACCUUUAUUGAUAACAUAAAUAAUACCAAUGAGAUAAAUAUAACACUGAAUGAUUAUUACCAUGAUACGAGUUUACUUGAAUGCACUUCAGAGAGUAAGAAGAGACGCAUGAACGAAUCUUCCUUACUUAUGGAUGAAGAUUUUAAAUCUAUUCUUUCCCUUAAAAAACAAAAGUAUGAUUUAAACAAUAUUUCACAGGAUAUCAAUGACUCGAAACUUAGCGAAUUUAAUAUUUUAGAAAUCUUAGGAAACCCAAUACACGACUCCGCUAGACAGCGUGAAACAGUUACUAAAAAUAUAGUUAAGAAAUUGCAGACCAAUAAAAUUUGCUAUACCAAUUUAAAUCCUUUAUCCCAAUUAUUACCAAUAACCCAUGAUACUAAUAUUAUCUUGACAAAUGCAAAUCGUUUAAAAUUUAACCAUGAAGUAAUAUCUCAAAUUCAAAAUAAAACGAGCAUUAAAGUGAUUGAAGAAUUCUUUAUCGAUUCCAUUACCUGUGACUUUAUCUUGAAUUAUUCAACAUGCAUAUAUAUAAUUGAAAUAGAAAAAUUUUUCCAAAUGUGUGGAGAGGAUGAGUUGUAUUAUGAAUUACAUAUUAAGCGGUUGCUUGGAGAGUUCAAAAAAAUCAUAUUAUUAAUAAAAUACACCCAAGAUACAGAAGAUUUUGAUAACGAUAUAUUUUGGAAAGUGCGCUUAUAUCUAAAUUUUCCCUUAUUAGAUAUUUAUUUUGUUCUACAUGAUGAUAGAUCAUGCGCCAGCCAUUGGAUUAUUCAUCUUUCAAGAGUCUAUUCUGCAAAUGAAAAGUUAACCGAUGCUUCUAGUUUGUUUAUAGCUAUUUUAAAAAAUUUAGGUUUCAACUCUUUGCUUAUUAAAAAACUGUCUAAAGAAUAUCAACUGUAUGAUUUUUUUGGAAAUAUCAAGACUGUCAAUUCUUAA